AUGAUUUCCUAUAGGAUCAUGAAGCAAAACUUUUUACUAUAUACUUUGGUAUUGUCAAUUUUACAAUUGGAAUUAUAUCAAAAUGGGGUUCAGAGUAUGGAUCUAGAGAUAAAGGAGGACUAUCUUUUGGAUAUUGGAAGAUCUUCAAGUGAAAGUGCGGAAUUGGUUCACAACCAAGGAAUCGAAAUUUCUGGUGUGAAGUCAAAUGAUGAUUUUGGAAAAAAGGAGGUACAGUUUCAAAACAAAGUACAAGAAUCAGAUCUUGAUGAAUUUCACAAUUUCUGGAACCAAGAUGAUGAUUAUAUGCCAUUGAAGGGCUCAUCAUCAGUGAUGCUUCAGAACUUGAACAACUUACUGACCUCAGAAAAAUCUCAUUGGGCAGAGAAGGUUCUUGAUUUGUUCAAAGAAGUUAAAGUCCAUAAGAAGGGAGGAAUGAUUCUUCCAAAUUUGAACCACUUACUGACCUCAGAAAGCUUUCAUUGGGCAGAGAAGGUUCUUAAUUUAUUCAAAGAAGUUAAAGUCAAUAAAAGGGGAGGAAUGGAAGAUAUUCCUGAGAAAUUAAAACUUCUUCAUAUCCUAAAUAAACUUAUAAGAUAUUGUCAAGUGCCAUUGAAAGCAGUACAAGUAGUCUGGUUUCAAUUACAGAGAUUUGAGUGUUCAGGAGGAAGCCCUUCAAGUAAAAAUUUCCCUUUCUCCUGGCCAGUUAUCUUCAAGAAUACAUUAGGAUUAUAUGAAGACAAGUUGAUUUCACAAAUAAGAUCAAUGGAUCCAAGAAAAGAUUAUGUAGAAUUUGAAAGUAUGAAAAGUACAUUUGAAGAUUAUGGGCUUCAGCUCACUGAAGAUUGGUUAGAAGAAGAUCAAAAGAAACUGUUCAUUCUAUGGACAUCAAAAUUCCAGCUUUACUCUAAAAUCAAAGAUAAACCACUUCUACAGGAAAUGAUUGAAACUCAAGUUAUACAGACAAGCUUGAUUGAAGAUGUACAAACACUUUCAAGUUCAGCUGGUUCUUAUCAUGACGGUCCAAAGGGAAUGGCUGAAUCAUGUUUAAAAAAUCAUUCAAGAGUCUUGAUGGACUACAUGAAAUGUCCAGAGUAUUCAGAGACCUCUUAUCUCUUCAUCUCGUUGGUAAACCAAUUCAAGCCGUAUGGCUUAGAGAUUGACCCAUGGUCAAACACAGAGGAUGGUACCAAGAUAUUAUCCUUCUGGGCAACUUAUAUAAAUGUGUUCCUGAAGAUGAAGAGUCUCGGUGAGACCCAUUCCCUACAGCUUGUCAUAGAUGAGUUAGUGAAGGAAGACAUCAAGGAGACAAGUUUGAUCAUGGAAAGUUUUCUGUUGGAUCAAGGAGAGAAGGAAUUUAAUCAGAAUGAACCUGUUCUUUUUGAAUUCUUGAAAUACUUUUCUGAAAGAUCUAAAUCACAAUCACGUCAAAAUCUUGCUCUUAAAGCUUUAGGUGAUUUCGAAAAAUCCAUUAUAUCUGGCAAAACCUAA